AGAGUGAGAGGGAGGAGGAGGAGAAGGAGGAGGAGGAGGAGGAGCUGUGAAUCAGCUGAGAGCCGUAAACAGACGAAGGAUUCAGAUCAAACAUCCUGAGAUCUGGACCAGUCGACUUCUCCUCCUCCUCUGUCUCUGAGCGUCCGAGGACGAGGACGAGGACGAGAGGAAGAUGAAAGGGCGAUGAGACAGAGAGACAUUCCCUCCCACUGCUCAGAACAAAACGACACGAGACAAAAGAGACGGAGCUCCUAAUCCCCCAGAGAGGACGCAGGACAGAGGACACGUCCUGGACGUUCUCCUCAUAUCAGGACAUCAUAACCAGCAGAGGACACAGUAAGAGACGGGUCUGAACUCUUUUACAUUUGGAGAAGAUGAACUGAGCAGAGGACUUGGACCUGGACCUGGACUUAUCUUAGUCUCGUCUCCAGACCCUUGGACCCGGUUUUAGUCUCGUCUCCAGACCCAGUGAAAAAUAGAAACUCAUUUCCCCUGAGAGACGUCAAUGAGUCCAGAGACGGGAUAACAUGAGUCGUAGAGGGGGGGUGGUGUCGGCUGCUCUGGGGUCAGUUCACCACAUCACCAUGAGAUGAAUCCCAAAGAAAACCUGGAUCUAAAGGGGGACGUCACAGAGACGCAAGAAGAUGGUUUGGACUGGCGUCAUGAUCUCUGGUUCUCUGAUUGUGCUGCUGGUCUUUAUAAACCAGGUCCAGGCCGGGUCUCGGGGCGCGUUUGGGUGCCUUUAUGCCUCGGAUAUCCUGAGCUGCACCGGUCUGGGUAUGGACCAGGUCCCCGGGGACAUGCCGGUCUCUACCGUCACGCUGGAUCUCAGCCACAACCGCAUCGUGGACUUGGACGCCGGCAGCUUCGAAGGACUUCCGCGGCUGGAGACACUCCGGUUGGCCCACAACCAGCUGAGUGACAUCCCCCCCGGGGCAUUCUCCAACUCCUCUGGGACUCUGCUCCGACACCUGGACCUGUCAUCCAACCGUCUUCGCGUCCUGGAGCAGGACUACUUCCAGGACCUGCAGGGACUGGAGGAGCUGCUUCUGUUCAACAACCGGAUCGUCCGGGUGGAGAGCCAAGCCCUGGCCGGACUGAGAAACCUCCACAAGGCCUACCUCAGCCACAACCGCCUCACCGACUUCCCCUUCUUCUCCAUCCAGAAGCACAGCCACCCCCACCUGUCCCUCCUGGACCUGUCCUCCAACCGCCUCCCCAAACUGCCCCUGGAGGACAUAUCAAACCUGCCCCUCUCCGUCCAGGAGGGUCUCUACCUCCACAACAACUCCCUGGUCUGCGAGUGCUCCAUGUAUGACCUGUUCCGGGUCUGGGACCAGAAAGGCUACGAUUCGGUCCGGUUCUUCCGACAGGAGCACGUGUGUCUGGUGUUUGGGAUCCAGAGAGGCACCGUGAGGUUCUUCCAACAUGGACGCUACUUUGAGAAGUGUAACACAACACUGAACCAGCCAAUGAGGGAGCAGGAGAGCAGCGUUGCUGUGACGGCAGGAAAUCCGUUGCUGUUGCACUGCGUCACCUCGUUGUCUGGCCACGGCGUCACCUUCCUUUGGUUCGCACCCAACUCGGAGUACGUGGUCCCGCCGGGGAACAACAGCUCCCUCAAGAUGUUCGGCAAUGGCAGCUUGGAGAUUGUGGCGGCACGAGAGCGGGAUUCUGGGAUCUACUGGUGCAUGGCGUUGGACCAGCGGCGGCGGCGCAACGAAACCUGGGAGGUCAACGUGACCGUGGUGCUGCAGCAUGAUGCCGAAGCCCACGAGCCCUUCAACACUGGGUUCACCACCCUCCUGGGCUGCGUAGUGAGCCUGGUGCUAGUCCUCAUGUACCUCUACCUGACGCCAUGCCGCUGCCCUCCCUGCCCUAAGACCCCGCCCCCCGCCACGCCCACCCCCAGCAUAGGGAAUGAGGGCACCGCCGGAGCCUCCAUCCUCACCCCGACCCCUCCGGCGACCACCGAGGCCCCAGGCCGUAAGGUCAGUACCAACAAGCAUGUCGUGUUUCUGGAGCCAAUCAGAGAGCAACAGAACGGCAGGUUGAGGGCGGAGCCUGGACACCUGGGACCAGGUUUACUCCUGAGCCCAGAGCUGAAAGGGCACAGGGCCGGCGAAAUGGACUCCAUCGUCUUCUCCGAUACGCCCAUUAUGAUGCCAUAGCAACAGGACUUACACCUUCCUCAUCCCUCACCUUCCUCACCCCUCCCCUUCCUUCCCCAGCACCAGACCUGAGCACAACAACCACCCCCACAGCUUCCAGGCUUUACACGAUCCUUUACUUCUGUUGUCACCAAACAUCCAAGUGCAAUUCUCAGAGAUUGAACACUGUUUCACCAUAUCUGCCCCACGACCGUGAACCACCACACUGUGACGGGGUAGGGUUGGGAGGACGGGGGGGAGGACAGGACCAAACCCACCAAAUAUAGCAGCGGAAAGGACGAGGAUGAGCAUGAACCUGAAGCCUAGCAGCACUGUCCCUUUAAGGCCUGUACUGUUCCUUUAAGGCCUGUACUGUCCCUUUAAGGCGUAUACUGUCCCUUUAAGGCCUGUACUGUCCCUUUAAGGCGUAUACUGUCAGUUUAAGGCCUGUACUGACCCUUUAAGGCCUGUACUGUCCCUUUAAGGCGUAUACUGUCAGUUUAAGGCCUGUACUGACCCUUUAAGGCCUGUACUGUCCCUUUAAGGCGUAUACUGUCAGUUUAAGGCCUGUACUGACCCUUUAAGGCCUGUACUGUCCCUUUAACGCCUGUACUGUCCCUUUAAGGCCUGUCCCUUUGAUAACCACUCCAGAUUGCCUUUAUUCUCUAACUGAUUCCGUGAUUAUGUAGCUUUGUAGUGUUUUUCUUUGAAUGUGUCGGACCAGUCAGCGUAGCGCUGUCACUGUGUUUUAGAGGAGAAGAGCUUUUAGUGAGUAAAAAUAGAAUCUUGAGCAGAUACAAAGGAAUAAAUAAAUGAAAAGUCCUAAAACUUUUAUCAGCGUGUAUUUGCUCUUCCACUUCAUGUCUGACUGCGACAAAGAGACAUAAAUGUUUGACCAAGAGAUGGGACAAUCAGGACAGGUGUGUUUGUCUUCACUGUGUCCACUGCAUACCCCAUCUGUCUCCUGUCCUCUGUGUCUCAAUAAACCUUAUGAAUGGACUGUCAGCUCUAUGCGCCUCAUUAUUCUUAUUCUUGGUUUAGAAUCAGGGUUCAGGUUAACACCUCUAAUGCAUGUUUGAUUUAUGCACCUACACAGCCCGAUCCAAUGGCCUUCAUCACCUUCAUCAUCAUCAUCACCACAUCGAGCUGAACAACGUCAAGACACGUACGAUGUACGUUUAAUAUGUUUACACUGUCAGAGCAGAUGACACACAGGGUAUCAUAGACUAAAUAAAUAUGGAACUGCUCCUUUAAUGUGAAGCCAAAGUGAGUAGAGCGCCCCCUGGUGACUGG